UCAAGCAUGGGGAAAGGUUUCUACAUCAGUAAAACUGUCGGGAUAGUGGGGAUUGUGCUAGCUGCUGGAGCGGUAGCCACAAUCAUAGCCCUCUCGGUGGUCUACUCCCAAGAGAAGGCCAAGAACAAUGAGAAUGAGGUUCAACUGACCACCCCAAGAACAACAGCAGCAACAGGUUUGGUUCCAACAACAUCAGGAACAAUCACAGGUUUGGUUCCAACAACAUCAGGAACAAUCACAGGUUUGGUUCCAACAACAUCAGGAACAAUCACAGGUUUGGUUCCAACAACAUCAGGAACAAUCACAGGUUUGGUUCCAACAACCGCUCCAUCCAAUGAGCCUUGGGAUCAGUGGCGGCUUCCUCAAACCCUGCUUCCAGAAUCUUACAAUGUCACCCUAUGGCCACGGCUCCAGCCGGACCCUAAUUUGGGUGUCUACUACUUCACAGGGAUGUCCAGCGUGGUUUUCAAAUGUGUGCAAGAGACAGAUCUCAUCCUCAUUCACUCCAAUAAGCUGAACCUGACCUCAACAGAUGGAUAUCAAGCAAGACUGUUGGGACUUGGUACCACAGUGGUGCCCACAAUACAGAAAACCUGGAUGCAGGAGACAACUCAGUACCUUGUCAUAGAGUUGAAGAGCAAACUGAAACCUGGGGACUUUUAUGCGCUUUACACAGAGUUUGUAGGGGAGCUUGCAGAUGACCUGGCGGGGUUUUACAGGAGUGAAUACAAUGAGAAUGGAGUAAAAAAGAUAGUUGCCACCAGCCAGAUGCAUCCCACACAUGCUCGCAAAACUUUCCCAUGUUUCGAUGAACCUGCAAUGAGAGCAGUUUUCAACAUCACUCUUGUCCAUGACAUGGGAACCGUCGCCCUGUCCAAUGGAAUGGAAACUGAGAAAGUGGACACCAUUCUUGAGGGCCAAGCUGUUACGGUGACAACAUUUGAAUCCACAAAGAAAAUGUCCACCUAUCUAUUAGCACUGAUUGUCAGUGACUACACAAAUGUUAUAUCAGCGGAACAGACUUUGAUACGGAUAUGGGCCCGUAAGAAAGCCAUUGAGGAUGGCCAUGGGGAUUAUGCCUUGAGGAUAACUGGACCAAUUCUCAUGUUCUUUGAAAAAUAUUAUAAUGUACCAUAUCCACUCUCUAAAUCAGACCAGAUUGCUCUGCCAGAUUUUUACUUUGGGGCAAUGGAGAACUGGGGGCUUGUGACAUACAGAGAGACAAACCUUCUGUAUGAUUCAGUCAUCUCUUCCAAUGCAAACAAGGAGAAAACAGCAACCAUUAUAGCCCAUGAACUGGCACACAUGUGGUUUGGCAACCUUGUGACUCUGAGGUGGUGGAAUGAAGUUUGGCUGAAUGAAGGUUUUGCCUCUUAUGUAUCAUAUCUUGGUGCAGACUUUGCUGAACCAUCUUGGAAUGUGAAAGAUCUGAUUAUCCUCAAAGAUGUACACCGUGCUUUUUCUGUGGAUGCUCUGGCUUCCUCUCAUCCCCUGUCUUCUAAAGAGGAAGAUAUUACAAAGCCAGAGCAGAUCAGUGAGCAGUUUGAUGCAGUGUCCUAUAGCAAGGGGGCGUCAGUGCUGAGAAUGCUCUCAGACUUCCUCACCGAACCUGUGUUUGUCCAAGGGCUAAAUACAUAUCUAGACACGUUUGCCUAUCAAAACACAGUAGGUGAAGAUCUGUGGAAGCACCUUCAAAUUGCAGUUGAUAAGACUGGAACAGUUCUUCCCUUAAGUGUCAAAGAAAUAAUGGACCGUUGGGUUCUUCAAAUGGGCUUCCCAGUGGUCAUGGUCAACACUACGACAGGCCAGGUCUCCCAGAAGCACUUCCUUCUGGAUCCUGACUCCAUAGUGGAGCGACCAUCUCCAUUCAAUUAUGAAUGGAUUGUGCCCAUCAACUGGAUGAAGGCAGAAGUGGAGCAGUCACGAUUUUGGCUCCUGGAAAGAACUGGUAUUAAUGAAUUCCCACAAAAUACAACUGGAAAUGAGUGGGUUUUGGUAAAUCUGAACAUCACAGGAUAUUUCAGAGUGAAUUAUGACACUGACAACUGGGAGCAUCUACUGAAUCAGUUGACUGAGAACCACAAGGUCAUCCCAGUCAUCAACAGGGCUCAAAUUGUGGAUGAUGCUUUUAACCUUGCAAGGGCAAAGAUGAUUCCUGUCACUUUAGCACUCAGCACUACAAAAUAUUUAUUUCAAGAAAGAGAAUAUAUGCCAUGGCAGUCUGCUCUUGACAAUCUGGAUUAUUUCUACCUGAUGUUUACACAAACUGAUGUCUAUGGGUUUUUACAGAACUACCUCAAGAAGCAAGUGACCCCCCUUUUUGCAUAUUUCAAGAAUAUUACAGAGGAUUGGUCACAUGUACCCUUUGGACAUACAGAGCAAUACAAUCAGGUAAAUGCUAUUAGAGUUGCAUGCAGCACUGGUGUAGAUGGCUGUCAAAACCUUACCUUAAGCUGGUUCAGACAGUGGAUGGACCUACCAAACCACAACCCGAUUCACCCCAACUUGAGGUCUACAGUGUAUUGCAGCGCUAUUGCUGCAGGUGGCUCUGAUGAGUGGGAUUUUGGCUGGCAAAUGUUUAAGAAUGCCACCAUUGCUAUAGAAGCUGAUAAACUCAUGUCAUCCCUGUCUUGUACAAAAGAUCGCAAUCUUUUAGAAAGGUACCUUGAAUAUACGCUUGAUGCAUCAAAGAUCCGUAAACAGGAUGCUACAUCUGUUAUUGUGUAUAUUGCCAGCAACCCAGAUGGUCAGACACUGGCUUGGGAAUUUGUCAGAAAGAACUGGGAGUACAUGUUCACAGAGUAUGGUGUUGGGUCCUUUAACUUUGCCAACCUUAUAAGUGGCAUAACCAAAUCAUUUUCAACAGAAUCAGAACUUGAGCAGCUUCAGCAGUUUAAGAGUGACAAUGCAGAGAUUGGAUUUGGCCCGGGAGCAACAGCUCUGGAACAGGCCAUCGAGACGACAAAAGCCAAUAUAAAAUGGGUGACCGAAAACCUGACAGAAAUUAAAGACUGGCUUAUGGCUGAAACAGCUUAAACACAUUGCACUCUCUACAAUUGACAUCAGUCUUUUGUGUGUUCUGUAUAAAGGAUGCUAAAGAAAAAAAAUAUUCUUGUCUGUAUAGGAGGACAGUGUAUAUAUUAAAUUAAAGGUGCACCCAGUAUCCAAAAUAAUUGUCAUUUUAUAACAUAUGUAUAAACCAUGACCACUCACAUGAGAAAACAU